AUGCGUCUUCUACGACGCAACGAUGAUGGCAGAUACAUCCUACAAGAAUUUAUGGGCGAGACCAUUCCUCGUUACGCCAUAUUGUCUCACACGUGGGGGCUAGAUCAUGAUGAAGUCACCUUCGCAGAUCUCAACAAAGACACAAACACAUACACUUCCAAGCCGGGUUACAAGAAGUUACAGUUCUGUGCAGACCAGGCGGCCAAAAAUGGUCUCUGCUAUUUCUGGGUAGACACCUGCUGCAUCGACAAAUGGAGCAGUGCAGAGCUCUCCGAAGCGAUCAACUCCAUGUUCGCCUGGUAUCGCGAUGCUGCUAGAUGCUACGUCUAUCUUUCUGACGUUCCAGCCGGUACACCAAUCAGUGGAUCAUCAGACCAACAAGAAUGGUACCCUGCUUUCCAGCAAAGCAGAUGGAUGACAAGAGGGUGGACUCUCCAAGAGCUAUUAGCUCCCACAUCGGUUGAAUUCUUCUCGGUCGAAGGCCAGCGACUUGGUAACAAAUACUCGCUUUUGCAGGAACUUCACAGCAUCACUGGAAUAAGCAUCGAAGCUCUUCAAGGGAGUCCGUUGGACGGAUUCAGCGUUGAAGAGCGCCUAUCUUGGGUGGGACAACGCCAGACGAAGCGCGAAGAAGACAUGGCAUACGCUCUACUGGGUAUACUUGAUAUAAAUAUGCCAGCUAUAUACGGGGAAGGUCGGAAGAAGGCCUUUGCCCGACUGCGCAGGGAGAUG